AAACAUUAAAAAAACAAAAUCCUUUUUCGUAACCGUCACAAUGAGAGAAAUCGUUCAUAUUCAAGGAGGACAAUGUGGUAACCAAAUUGGUGCCAAAUUCUGGGAAGUCAUUUCAGAUGAACACGGCAUUGACCCAACAGGAACAUAUCAUGGAGACUCAGACCUUCAAUUAGAGAGAAUCAACGUCUAUUACAAUGAAGCCACAGGAGGCAGAUAUGUCCCAAGAGCCAUCCUUAUGGAUUUAGAACCAGGCACAAUGGACUCAGUCAGAGCUGGACCAUUCGGACAACUCUUCAGACCAGACAACUUCGUCUUCGGUCAAACAGGAGCUGGUAACAACUGGGCCAAGGGUCACUACACUGAAGGAGCAGAGUUGAUUGACUCUGUUUUGGAUGUAGUUAGAAAGGAAGCUGAAGGAUGUGAUUGCUUAUAAGGAUUCUAAAUCACCCACUCAUUGGGAGGUGGUACAGGAUCAGGAAUGGGAACAUUGUUGAUCUCAAAGGUCAGAGAAGAAUAUCCAGACAGAAUCAUGGAAACCUUCUCAGUCGUCCCAUCACCAAAAGUGUCUGACACAGUCGUCGAACCAUACAAUGCCACCUUAUCAGUUCACCAAUUGGUUGAAAAUGCUGAUGAAUGCAUGGUUAUUGAUAAUGAAGCCUUGUAUGAUAUUUGCUUCAGAACAUUGAAAUUGACAACCCCCAAACCUAUGGUGACUUGAAUCACUUGGUCUCAGCUGCUA